AUGGGCAUGUUGGGUGGAAUGAAUCGCUUCGGGAUGUCGAUUGCAUCAAUGGGUCAUGAUUUGUUGGAGUUGGUUAUUGGUGUUCUCACAGAUGCUGUAGAGCACCGGGACGAGGGGGCUGAAUGUUUUGGGAAGGCUGGCUUGGAGAUGUUGAUAAUAGGUGUUUUGUGGAUAUACACCAUGAGCCCUAAAAGUCUUUUCAUUUUGUGGCUUGCUGUUCAUGGGAGGCUUUCUACCAAAGACAGACUCAUGCAGUGGGGCAUAGCUACUGAUGGUGUUUGCAGUUUAUGUGGUGUUGAUCCAGAAUCAGUGCAGCACUUGUUCUUUCAGUGUUCUUAUGCUAGACAAGUCUGGCAGAAAUUCCUACAGAUUCUGAUUAUCAAUAGGAGCAGCCAAGCUUUUGAUCAGGAGCUCCAAUUUGCUAUGAGAAUGAGUAAAAAAUGUACUGCUGUGAGCAAACUUCUCCUUGCUGGGUUUGCUGAAGCAGUUUAUUGCCUGUGGAUUCAAAGGAAUCAAAGAGUCUUUGCUGGUCAUGUUCAAUCAGCUGAGCAAAUUGUUAAAGAAAUUGUGUUUAAGGUUGCUUGCAGAUGUAGAGAUUCAGACAUUGCUUUGUUGCUGUAUUAG